CGCGCAAUUGAAAAGGAAGUUUUUUCGCUGCUCGCGUUAUCAUUCAAUUACGAAGAAAUCGAGUCAAAUUCCAUCGAAAAAGAAUGAAAUAUCAAAGUUUCAUCAUUUUGUGUGUCUUUUUCUUACAAAUCGUUUCGGGAACUGUCCUUGACUGUCUUUCUUACUCCACAUGUCUCCUCAAAAAUAUCACCGAGGUCGAAGCCUAUGGAACUACAAUGCAUAAAGUGACAUUUCUAACCAUUAUUGAUACAGAUUUCACGCAAAUCAAUGACACAGAGUUCCUUUUGGAGCAAUUUACGCAUACAAAAACGCUAAAAAUCCACAAUAGCACCUUCAAAACUGAUUCAUUCAUUCGUGAUAUCAUCAAGUACCAGACGCAUAUCAAGGUGCUCGAUCUAAGUCAAAACAGAGGAAUCAAAACGAUAACAAAAGAGACGUUUGGUAGCACCGACGGCGAUAACGAACGUUACUAUUUGUUUACAUUGAACCUUUCGAAUAAUGAAAUUGAAGAAGUCGCAAAAGGAGCUCUUACGUUAUUUGAGUCUUUGGAAGAACUGGAUUUGUCUGGAAAUUCAAUUAAGUCAUUAAAGCACAGCUUUUCUGAUAACGUCUUAUUGAACUUGAAAUCUCUCGAUUUAAGCAAUAAUCAACUUUAUGACAUCAUGGACGAAGCUUUUAAAGGUUUACAUAAUUUGGAAAAAUUAAUUAUGAACAAAAAUCUAUUAAAAAAUCUUUCUUCAUCGAUUUUGAAGCCAUUGAAAAACUUGAAGGAACUGGAUGUGAGUGAAAAUCAAUUGAUGUUAAUUGAAGUAUUGAGUCCAAAACUCAAAAUAUUAAAUGUUGAAGGAAAUUUCUUGAAAAGUGAUCGAAUACGGGGACUAAAUCGUCUUACUAACCUGAAAACUUUGAAAAUAUCCAGAAAUCCUUUUGGAAAUAUAAAUAACGAAACUUUUAUGCGACUGAUUUCUUUGGAAACAUUAAAGAUGGAAUCUCUUCUUGAACUUCAAAUAACUCAUGAAGACGUUUUUCAGGCUUUAAAAAAUUUAAAGUACCUGGAUUUACGUAAUAACGGACUUAGUGACAUCGAACAAUUUUCCCUUCAUAACCUAUCAAAGUUAAUUCUCGUACAAUUAGACAAAAAUCGUCUUUCAACGAUAAAUUUGAGCCAUUUACCACUGGAGUCAUUGCGUUACAUUGGCUUACAAGGAAAUUUCUUCAAAUGUGACUUUCUUGAAAAUUUCCUUACACAAAUUCGUGAUAAAAAUAUUCGCUUGUAUUUCGAAAACGACAGUUUAUCUCCGGGAUCCAAGACUGUCCAAGGCAUUGAAUGCCAAUCAGCGGAUGAUGACAUUUCGCCAACAAAAUCAAUUCCUUGUAAUAACGAAGACAUUGACAACUUUUACACUUGGCACACAAAGUUGAGUUCCUUUGUCUGCCUGUCACUCGCUGCCUUUUACAUUUGGAUCCUGUGGCGCAACAAAGAAGCAAUCCGUAAAAUCAAAGAUGAAGAGUACGAACAAGAAGAGCUGCUACACGAUGAUUUUUGCUCAAGUAGCUCUUUCAACUUGGAUGAUUUACUGGCAAAAGAAAAGUCCAGAGAAAUAUCGAAUGAAAUGUAACAAAAAAAGAAUUACAAAGAGAAAAUCUGUGAUGUAGAAUAGAAAAAAAAUAUAAAUUUAAU